AUGGUGAUUGGAACAAGGUCCAAGAAUCAAGUGCUUAUUCCUUAUGACCCUGAACCAGAGAGAAGUGCAAGGAAGUUAGCUAGAGAAAAAUAUUUAGCACAAGAUUCCAACCUUGGUGAUACUUUUCUUAAGGAUUUGUUCCGUGAUCCUGAGAGCGGCACAUCUAUUUUCCAACCUUUGAUACCAGUUGCACACAUGGCCCUAGCCUUACCUGCAGCAGGUCAACCUUUAAGGAAUUCAUUGGCGGCGAGAAUCAAUGCAGUGCCGAGGUGCAUUAUAUAUCCAGAUGUGGAAGAUGGGACAUCCUUUGAAAUCAAACCUCACAUCCUCAACAUAUUGCCCUCCUUUCAUGGGUUGCCAAACAGUGAUCCCAACAUGCAUUUGGUUGAUUUUAUUGAGGCAUGUGACAACACCAUAAUCAGAGGUUUCUCUUCUGAAGCUAUCAAGUUACGUUUGUUCCCGUUCUCUUUGAAGGACAAAGCCAAGGCAUGGCUGCAUUCUCUGCCUGCCAAUAGCAUUACAACAUGGAUAAAAUUGCAAGAAAAAUUUCUCAAUAAGUUUUUUCCUUCUUCCAAGAUGCUUGCACUCAAGAAAGAGAUAUUGGCUUUCGCUCAAAAGCCAAAUGAGUCUUUCCAUGAAGCUUGGGAACGGUAUAAUGAGAUGUACACAAAAUGUCCUCAUGCUGGGUUUGAUUCUAACCUUCAAAUGAACAUAUUUUAUGAUGGUCUCAAUGCCACCACCAAGAGUCACGUGAAUGCAUCUGCUGGAGGGUCAUUAAUGUCAAAAUCAGCAAGGGAAGCAUUUGAGUUGUUUGAUAUGAUGGCUUCUGAAUCCCAACAAUGGACAGAAGAACAAACACAAAAGAGGGGAGUUUUUGAGAUUUCUCAUAGUUAUCCUAAUGUUUCUGCUCAAAUUGCUAAAAUGGAAAAUAAUUUUAAUGCCAAAUUUGCUGCCUUAAUGCAGGUAUCUUCCAUGCCCAAUGCCCAAGAACCGUGCAUCAUUUGUAGUGAGACAACUCAUGACAUCACUCAAUGCCCCAACAAGGAUAGCUACCCUGAGCUUGUGCAAGAGCAUGUGAAUAUGGUGAAUAAUUUCAUUAGACCCAGAAGUGACCUUUAUUCAAAUACAUAUAAUCCUGGGUGGAAGAACCAUCCCAAUCUCAGUUGGGGCGGCAACCAACAGCCACGUCAAUACCAACAGUCUUACCAACCAACUGGUGAGACUAAGAAACCAUCUCUUGAAGACCAAAUGUCACAGCUAGCUCAACAUAUGUCCGCUCUCUCUACUAGCACCAACAGUUUUGUCCAAUCCACACAAACUAGCAUUCAGAAUCUCACGGCAUCAGUGGGGAAUUUGGAGACUCAAGUUGGACAGCUUGCUACCAUGUUCAAUGAAAGAGAGAAAGGAAAGUUUCCAAGCCAAUCUGAGCAAAAUCCAAGAGGGAUGGAGCAUUGCAAAGUAAUACGGACAUUGAAAAGUGGCAAGAGCUAUGACAACAGAGAAGUGGAGCACCAUGAAGCCAAAGUGGAAGAAGAAGAGCUUACUGAAAGUGCACCAUUAGCUGCAAAGUCUCGGUCAGAGGCUAUUUCUGAAGCAAGUAUUCCAGAUCCUAGUGCAAAUGACAAUGUGCAAUCUCGACGCAACUCUGAUGCAAACAAGGAAAAAGGCCUUGGUAUUUUAUUUGCACCUUCUGACAAGCCACCAUACAAGCCACCUUUGCCAUUUCCACAAAGGCAGCAACAACGUUCCAAGGAUCAACAAUGCAUUGAAUUCAUGAAGACGUUGGCUAAGGUUCAAAUUAAUUUGCCUCUAUUAGAUGCUAUUAAACAGAUCCCAUCAUAUGCCAAAUUUCUGAAGGAGCUAUGUUCUAAAAAGAAAAAGUUCUUGGAAUACGAGAAGGUGAUUUUAUCUGAGCAAUGCAGUGCUGUCCUCUUACAUAAGCUACCACCCAAGAAGAAAGAUCUGGGGAGUUUCACUAUCUCUUGUACUAUUGGUAGUCUUGAUUUUCAUAAAGUAUUGAUUGAUUUAGGAGCAAGUGUUAACCUUAUGCCUUAUUCUGUUUUUCAAAAAUUAGGUGAAGGAGAACUCAAGCCCACAUCUGUGAGUCUUCAAUUGGCAGAUAGGUCCGUGACCUAUCCUUUGGGUAUUUUGGAAGAUGUGAUUAUUAAGGUGGAUAAAUUCUAUCUCCCAGCUGAUUUCAUUGUACUUGACAUGGAGGAAGACAAGGAAGUGCCUCUCAUUUUAGGCCGACCAUUCAUGGCCACCGCCCGGACACUUAUUGAUGUGCAAGCAGGUACUUUAACCUUAAGAGUGCAAGGAGAGUCAGUUGUAUUCAAACUUUUUGAAGCUGUCAAGCGUCCUUUCGAACCUGAAGAGUGUUUUCGUGUUGAUGUUUUGGAUGGGAUUGUGCAUGCAAACUUUGCCUCACGAUCAUCUAAUGAUGAGCUGUUAACUUGCCUCACCAACCAUGAUGCUAUUUUAUCUAUGGAAGAAAAUGUGGUGGACGUCAUCGCUGCAUUGGAUAGUGCACCAAUUCAUAAUCCAAAGUGGCGACAUGUUUAUGAAAGCCUUGGAGAACCUAAGCAGCCCCUUCUUCCUUCAAGUGAGCAAGCUCCGAAGUUAGAGCUCAAGCUACUGCCGAGCCACCUCAAGUAUGCUCAUCUCGGGGUGAAUGAGACCUUACCUGUUAUUAUUGCUGCUAAUCUUAAUGACACGGAGGAAGACAAAUUACUAAGAGCAUUAGUCCAGCUUUGUGCAUGCAUAGGAUUUUUUAUGGAGGCUGGGACUAAACCAACUGUUGAAGCUCAAAGACGUCUAAAUCCGAUCAUGAAGGAAGUCGUAAGAGUUGAGGUGAUGAAGUUACUCGAUGCAGGUAUCAUUUAUCCAAUCUCGGAUAGCAAAUGGGUAAGCCCGACUCAGGUGGUUCCAAAGAAAACUGGUAUUACUGUGGUGAAGAAUGAUAACAACGAGCUUGUGCCUACAAGGAUGACCACCGGAUGGCGAAUGUGUGUUGACUAUAGAAAGCCCAAUAACAGCACUAGAAAGGAUCAUUUUCCGCUGCCAUUCAUUGAUCAGAUGCUCGAGAGACUAGCUGGUCAUUCUUUCUAUUGUUUCUUAGAUGGGUAUUCAGGGUACAACCAAAUUCCAAUUGUCCCUGAGGAUCAAGAGAAGACAACAUUUACAUGCCCUUUUGGUACAUUUGCAUACAGACGAAUGCCAUUUGGAUUGUGCAAUGCCCCUGCCACUUUCCAACGAUGCAUGAUGAGUAUUUUUUCUGGAAUGGUUGAAAAUAUUGUUGAGGUUUUUAUGGAUGACUUUUUUGUUUUUGGUAAUUCUUUUGAUAUAUGUUUGGAUAACUUGUCUUUGGUUUUGGAAAGAUGCAGGGAGACUAAUUUUGUGUUAAAUUGGGAGAAAUGCCAUUUUAUGGUUAAGCAUGGCAUUGUGCUAGGACAUCUAAUUUCAAGCAAAGGAAUAGAGGUCGACAAGGCAAAGAUUGAGGUGAUCGUCAAAUUACCACCACCAACUUCUGUGAAGAAUGUGAGAUCUUUCUUGGGACAUGCUGGUUUUUAUCGAAGAUUCAUCAAGGAUUUUUCCAAAAUUAGUCGUCCUCUUUGUAAUUUACUUGCUAAAGAUGCUUGUUUUGAUUUUAAUGCAGAUUGUCAUGAUGCUUUCAACAAAUUGAAGGAUCUUCUCACAUCAGCCCCAAUUAUAACAGCUCCAGAUUGGACCCUUCCUUUUGAGCUCAUGUGCGAUGCUUCCGAUUACGCUGUGGGUGCUGUUCUUGGUCAGCGACGUGACAAGCUCCCCCAUGUUAUAUAUUAUGCCAGCCGCACUUUGAAUGAUGCUCAGCUGAAUUAUGCCACUACAGAAAAAGAAUUACUUGCAGUGGUAUUUGCUCUUGAAAAGUUUCGAUCGUACUUAGUUGGUGCUAAAGUCAUUGUGUAUUCUGAUCAUUCUGCUCUCAAAUACUUAUUGUCUAAAAAAGAGGCCAAACCACGAUUGCUUCGAUGGGUCCUUCUCUUGCAAGAGUUUGAUUUGGAGAUCCUAGAUAAAAGGGGACGUGAAAAUGUUGUGGCGGAUCAUCUCUUAAGAUUAGUAAAUGCAAGCAUUGAUGAGGCAGAUUCAUUGCCCCUGCAAGAGAGCUUUCCAGACGAGCAACUUCUAGCAGUUACUCAUCAAGUACCAUGGUAUGCUGACAUCACAAAUUAUUUGGCUUCUGGAGAAAUACCAUCAGAGUUCAGUUACCAACAAAGGAAGAAAUUUCUCUCCACUGUAAAACACUACUUUUGGGAUGAGCCAUACCUUUUCAAGCAUUGCCAAGAUCAAAUCAUUCGUCGGUGUGUCCCCUUAGAAGAACAAGAAAGCAUUUUGAAGUUUGCUCACCACUAUGCAUGUGGUGGUCAUUUUGGACCAAGAAGGACAGCGGCCAAGAUCUUACAGAGUGGUUUCUUUUGGCCAUCGUUAUUCAAAGAUGCAUACCUAUGCUGCCAGGCUUGUGAUAAGUGUCAACGAGUUGGAAAUCUUUCUCAAAGAAAUGAGAUGCCCCAACAAAGUAUUUUGGUGAUUGAAUUAUUUGAUGUUUGGGGUAUAGACUUCAUGGGACCUUUCCCUUCUUCACAUGGCAAUCUCUACAUCUUGGUGGCGGUUGAUUAUGUUUCUAAGUGGGUGGAGGCAAUAGCUUCUCCAACAUGCAAAAGUUAUGUGGUGUUAGGUUUUUUGCAGAAUACUAUUUUUCCCCGAUUUGGAGUACCUCGUGCUAUCAUCAGUGACGAAGGUACGCAUUUCUUAAACCGCACCAUGGCUACCCUUUGUGCCAAGUAUCAUAUUCACCAUCGCAUAGCCACUCCAUACCAUCCACAGACAUCUGGACAAGUUGAAGUAUCUAAUCGGGAGCUCAAGAGGAUUCUUGAGAAAACUGUUAGUUCAUCUCGAAAGGAUUGGAGUUUAAAGCUUACUGAUGCUUUGUGGGCAUAUAGGACAGCUUAUAAGACACCAAUUGGGAUGUCUCCUUUUCGUUUGGUGUAUGGGAAAGCUUGCCAUCUACCUAUGGAACUUGAGCGCAAGGCAUAUUGGGCCAUUAAGCAUCUCAAUUUUGACUACCAAGCAGCGGGAGAGAAGCGGAAGUUGCAGUUGAAUGAACUUGAAGAAAUAAGGAAUGAUGCUUAUGAGAAUGCAAGGAUUUACAAGGAUAAGACCAAGAAAUUUCAUGAUGCUCACAUCCUUCGUAAAGAGUUUCAACCGGGCCAGAAGGUUUUACUUUUUAAUUCAAGAUUGAAACUAUUCCCAGGAAAGCUCAAAUCACGUUGGAAUGGUCCAUAUCUUGUUGUACAGGUUCAUCUUCAUGGGGCUGUGGAUAUCCAAAACAUGCAAACUGGUUUUGUUUUCAAAGUUAAUGGACAUCGCUUGAAGUUAUACAAGGAGUCUCCAUAUGAUCUUGCUAAGGAUUCCAUCACUUUGAAGGAACCUGUUAUUUGA